AUGAACAAUUUCAACAAAAAAUGCUUGUUUUUAAUUAACAAAACCCCAUUGCUAUUCCAUGUUUGUGUUUGCGCGUGUGUGUGUGUGUGUUUGUGUGUAGUGGAGUCAGAGGACGGCGCAGUGGUGUGUGAGCCAGGCUGCCUGGUUCUGGAGAGCGACUUCCUGCUGAGUGGAGAGCUGGAGUUUGGAGACUCUGAGAUCAUGGGCCUGGACAGAGAGGCCGGUAUGACGGUGUUCUCUCUGAGCGUCGAGGACGACCCCUCAGCGCCCACAGACUCCACUUUCCCAGCGUUCCUGUCCUGUAAAGGAUGUGGUCAGCUGCUGGGGGACACGCCGCUGGGCGCAGGUUUAGAUCUCGGUGUGGGCCUGGACCUGGGGGCGGAGCUUUACUGCCUCACCUGUGAGGAAGGCCUCCAGCAUGAAGCCUCCGUCGACUCCUCUCAAGCCGACGGCUCCAUGGAGGCCGACACAGCCGCUGGCUGCGACUCCGACAGGAAGCGGAGAAGCGCAGGUAAGACGGCCGCGGCCGGAGAUGUCCCUCCCAAACUGUACUCGUGCUCGCUGUGCGCCUUCACCUCGCGCUACUCCAACCACCUGAAGCGCCACAUGCGGACGCACGACGGCCAGAAGCCGUACCGCUGCCCCAUCUGCCCCUAUGCCUCGGCCCAGCUCGUCAACCUGCAGCGCCACGCCCGCACCCACACCGGGGAGAAGCCGUACCGCUGCCACCAGUGCAGCUACGCCUGCAGUUCGCUCGGCAAUCUGCGGCGGCACCAACGCAUGCACACGCAGGAGAGACCGCAGAGGAGGGAGAAGGAGAAACGGCGAGGGAGACGGAAAAAAGCAGACGCAGAAGAAGGUAAGAAACGCCUGCAUCACAGAGUCACAUAAAGAUUGACUAAACAUGACAAAUGAUUACCCUCGUUAAACUCGUCCACCCCAUCCUGUAUUUAAAACGUUUAGUAAAAGUAAGAAUAGUCAAGGAAAUACACUUUGAAUAUCGAAAGUAAAAUAACCCAAUGCAGAAAAAUCUAAAAAUAACAAACAAAAUACGCCAAAAUCUUGCAAUUAUAGAAA